AUGCACAUCCAGGUCGAUGAGCGUGUGUUUUCUUCCAUUGCAGAUUCAAGUGGAUGUCUUGGUAGUGCGCUUGUGGCAGGUGAUUCCAACGUACAUCGUAUCCAAGCAGCGAUUCCAAAUUGGUCCACUAUUCGAUGCCUCCCAGUAUCAGGAGCCAAGUUUGUGAAUGACAAGAAGGGAUUUGUGGCAGUUCUGCAGCUUUCAUUGAAGAAGGAGUUUUACCCAUGUGUCUAUAUUCAUCUUGGCUCCAAUGAUGUUCAAGCCAGAGAGGAUGUGUUUUAUAGGAGAGUCACUGAGGUAUGUGAUAGUAUCCACGAGACGAGUCCGGAAACUGAGAUUGUUUUAUGUUCUAUUCUGCCACGAAAAAAGAAUGACAGACGAGUAUCUUCAACAUUAGCGAGAGUCUUCAACAGAUGGAUCCAGAAUGCUAACACCAUGCUAAUGGACAUUUCAGAGGCCAUCCCAUACAUCAGAUUCCUUGGAUAUGGAGCUCAGGAAUGUGCUGAUGUGUUGGGUCGUGAUGGACUUCAUCUGAGUCGUGUUGGUGGUAGACAUUGUAGUCAGGUGAUUGAGGAGGAUGUGUAUUCCUGGAGUGAAAUAGCCUAUCAGCAGGAUGUACAUUGGAAUGAAGACAUACGCCAACCACAUUCAGCAGAGAUUGAUGCAUCAAGCUUUGACCAGUGCCUGGCAGCUGCUGUUGAACCAGUCAGUGACCAGAAUGUCCAGGCCAGCAAGCAGCCUCUGUACUCGGAAAUAGUCCGUUUGCCAGCAGCUGAAGUUCCAGAUGUUACCUCAGUGCAGCAUAAUGUGAAGUUACCAAGGCGCAAUGUAUUGAAGAUCAGCCAGACCAUGUAA